AGUAUCUCCUAUGCCCGAUGGAUACGACAUACGUGAUAUAUGAAACUAUGCUCAUUGGUCCUGCGCAAAGAAGCGGGGUUAGUAGGCGUGUAUAGGAGGUUUUAUGAUGCAAUACUCUCUCAAUACCAAUCAUAUAGUUACUCGUAUAAAAACGUCAUUAUCCUCAUUAAUCAUCGCAGUCCUUUCCAUCUAAUUACAGAAAUCGGUCGGCGAGCUGAAGCCAACUAACCACUCAAUCGCCAACCAUGGUGUCUCGUCCUCACGUCAUUGGACCCCCCUCCCAGCAUGCGGAACCUAUCGACUCGCCCACAAACAGCACCGCAGACGAAGACAAACGGCUGGCGGACAAAUUCGCAGCGCACCGGCACUUAGUCCCCCUCGUAUCCCAGGACCCCUCCGUGCUCUUCCUCAACGCGGCCUCCGCGCCACCCUCCAACCUAAUCGUCCACGAGGCUAUCGCGCGGUACUCGGCGCAAGCGCUGUACGACCCGGCCCCGCACGCGGGCUGGCGGGAGACGCGCGAGGAAGCGCGGCGCCUCGUGGCGAGGUGUAUUAACGCGGAAGACGACGGGGCGACGACGAUCGCUUUCACGCGCGACACCACGGAGGCCCUGGGUACUUUUAUCCGCUGCGUGCGCUUCCGCCCCGGGGACAACGUCGUCGUCGUCGAUGCCGAGCACCCGAACCAGACGCUGUGCUGGCUCGCGCUGCGGGGCAGCGCGGGGCUCGAGGUCCGACAGGUCCCCACCAUUCCGGAAGCGGGGCCGGGGCCGGGAUCGGGAAAAGACCGCAUCGAACCGGUGACCGCGGAGACGCUCCGGCCGUACGUGGACUCGCGCACGCGCGCGAUCGGCAUCAGCUCGAUGACGUUCGACGCGGGGCAGCGCAACGACGUGCGGGGGAUCUGCGCGGCAUACCGGGCGCGGGGCAUCCAGGUGCUGGCGGACGCGACGCAGCAGGUGGGGUUCGCGCGGCUCGACGUGCGGGCGCUGGGGGUGUCGGCGGCCGCCUUCAGCCUGCACAAGGGGCUCAACGCGCCCACGGGGCUGGGCGCCUUGUACGUGUCGCCCGCCGCGCUGCGGGAGCUGGGCGACCCGGUCCCGCCCGUCGUGAGCAUGGAGGGCGUGGCGAAUCUCGACCAGAGCCUCGUGGUGCGGGUCCGUGGUGACGAUGACGAGCCGCUGGAGCUGCGCCCGGGCGCGCGGCGCUUCGAGCACGCUAAUGUGAGCUUGGUGGCGGUCGCGGCGGCGGCGGCGUUUACCCGGUUCUACUUGGAUGUCCUGGGGCCCGCGGACGUGGAGGCGCAUUUGUACGGGUUGACGGAGGGGUUGGGGAGAGAGUGCGAUCGGCUUGGGAUACGGGUCGUUAGUCCGAGGGAGAGGGGGGAACGCGCGCCGCAUAUUGCGGUUCUAGCGCUGCCGAGGGAGUGGGGGGAUUAUUUUAGGGGUCCUGGAGGGGCGCGUGUGACGAUGAACAGGUUAGGCGCGAGGGUGUCGUUCGGGUUUUAUAACUCGGUAGAAGAUGUGAGGAGGUUUGUGAGGGUGUUGGAGUUGGGAAUAGCCCAGGGGUUGGGAAUUUGAUAUCAGUGUUAACUGUUUCGUUGGUAAGGAGUUUAAAGAUGAGGUAUUAGCUUGCAUUUCCAACAAAUUUGCGCACCAGCUUAGGUCUAAAACUCCGUUCAAUUCGGAUUUUUAAUC